CAAUAACAAUGAAUAUACAAGUUCAUAGUGUAGCUGAAAAUAUCUGGAUACGUUUAUCUUUUCGGUAUCUAACAUAAUAAACCGUUCUUAUAAAAGAGAUAUGCUCCUGGUCCUUUCAUUUCUCUGCUCGUCACUAUCUUCUACGGUCAUACUAAGCCAUGGAGUCUAUGGCGACAAAGUAUUAGAUUUAAAUUGUUUAGUCAGUGAGGAAUGGAUGACAAAUACCUCCUGUGCCAUAAAAGCCGUUCGUGGGACAGCUGGGAUAAUCAAUGCGGUUACGUAUCUCAAACAAACAGUUCAUAAGUUUAAUGCUCACAUAAGAAGUUUUCGAUGGUAUAAUGGGUGGAAACCUUUUGUGAUCAAUGGUGUCGUUAACGUUUGUCGACUUUUCGGGAGACAGGCAAACUACUCGAAAAGAUGGCUAAGAAUUUGCUUUUGAUGCAUUCUAACAUCAAUCACGCAUGUCCUUAUGUUUGUAACUUCACAAGUUUAGGCAAAUUCAUAUUUUUAUUUUUUUUCAAGGUGAAAUUAAAAUUAAUGGGAUCUCGCCAAACCUGUCCUUUCUUCCAUCUCUCCUUGAAGCAGGCAGGUAUCGUCUAAGCAUUGGAUUCAAUGAAACUUCAUCUAAACCCAAAUGGA